AUGGCCUCGGUCAAGCUCAACGUCUUUCACUGGCACGUCGUCGACUCGCAGAGCUGGCCUCUCAAUAUCUCGACCUUUCCCGACCUCGCCGACCUUGGCGCCUACUCGCACGACGAGAUCUACCGCGAGGAAGAUGUCAAGCGCGUCGUCGACUUUGCGGCGAGCCUCGGCAUUGCUGUUCUGCUCGAGGCCGACAUGCCGGGCCACACGGCGUCCGUCGCAGCCGCCUUUCCUGACUACGUCGCCUGUCUCGACGCUCGACCUUGGUCGACAUACGCGGCCGAGCCUCCAGCAGGGCAACUCAAGCUCGGCGACCCGGACGUGCUCGCCUUCUCGCGCCGGGUUCUGCAAGACGCGACCUCGAGCUCGUCCAGCAGGCUGUUCAGCACGGGAGGAGACGAGGUCAACGAGCGCUGCUACCUCGACGAUCCUGCGACGUCCGCCAUCCUCGCCGCGCAGAACGUCACGAUCGACCAGCUCUUGUCGCGCUUCGUCAACGGCAUCCACGACACGGUGCGCGAGGGCGGCAAGGAGCCGGUCGUCUGGGAGGAGAUGGUCCUCAAGCACGACCUCGACCUCGGCAGCGAUGUCGUCGUCAUGGUCUGGAUCAACUCGAGCAACGUCCGCGCCGUCGCCGACAAGGGCCACCGCCUCAUCCACGCCGCGAGCGACUUCUUCUACCUCGACUGUGCCGCAGGUGGAGCGGGAUCUUGGCUCGGCAAGACCCCGAACGCGACGUCCUGGUGCGACCCGUACAAGAGCUGGCAAAAAGCCUACUCGUUCGACCCCUACCUCGACCUCGACUUGGCGCAGCGACACCUCGUCCUCGGCGGCGAAGCGCUUGUCUGGUCCGAGCAAGCCGGCCCGGCCAACCUCGACUCGAUCUCGUGGCCUCGAGCUGCGGCGGCGGCCGAGGUGUUCUGGAUGGGUGGAGCUGUCGCGCCGGGCCAGCGCGACCUCGGCGACGCUCUUCCUCGGCUGCACGACUGGCGGUAUCGCGCGGUCCGGCGCGGCGUCCAGGCGACGCCGCUUCAGCCUCACUGGUGCGCCUUGCGGCCUGGAUCGUGCGACUUGGAAUGA